GGAAAGUGAAGUGAGAGGGCGAUGGUGAGGAGCGGGGAUGGUGACGCGCCGCCUCGCUGUGCUGAGUGAGCGGGAGGCGCGGGGAGUGAACUGCUUCGGAUUCCGCCGUCAUGAGACAAUGGGGCGAGAUGACGAGUGACGCGGAGAUCGGGGUGUGGGUGGACGGCGUGCAGAAGUGGGUGACGGGGGUGACGCGGCGAACCACCUGCCAUGACGUCAUCAAGGCGCUUCUCCGGGCGCAGAGUGUGCGCGCGGAGGACAGUGACGUCAUGCAGUACGUUAUCGUGGAGAGAUGGCGCAAAGUGGAGCGACCUCUGGACCACGAGCAGAGAAUACUCAAGGUGUGGCGAACGUGGGGCGAGGCCGUGGGCGAGGUGCGGUUCUCCCUGCGGAAGAUGCGCGACGGCGAGGCGGCCGGCGGCGCGGGCAGCAGCGGCCGCGCGGAGAGAAGCCGACGGCGACACAGGAUGCGGAACGUCCACGGCUCCAAGGAGGCGCUCAACCCCAAGAAGCUGGCCAAGGACGACCCCAAGUUCAGUGAGACGAUGGAGCGGCUGAUGCGGCUGGUGGUGGCCCAGGGCGAGACCAUCCAGACGCAGCUGCGGCGCCUGCAAGAGCGGGAGUGCCAGAUCGAGCAAUAUGAGCAGCAAAUGCACCUCCUUCGCGUCCAGAACCUCGGCAGGGACUACCUGUUGCAUUCCUACCUCAAGGACGACAGCUGCGAGACCAAGGACGAGCCCGGGAGCGAAGAGAAGAGCAACGACUCGGGCGUGGUAACGGAGGAGGCGGCGCAGACGCUGGAGGGCAUGACGCCGGAGGAGGAGGCGGCCACGUCGUCGGAGCUCGAAGAGUUGCAGCAGAUCGCGGCGCAGCUGACGAGGAUCGAGGACCUGAACAACCGCCUGCUGCACGAAGAGGAGACCAUGUCGGGGAUGAACACCGCCGUGCAGGCCGCUCACGAGCAACACAAAGACGAGGCCGAGUUGCUGCAGCAGGAGCUGGUCUGCGUUGCCCACGUGCACGCGCAGCUGGUGGCGGACGUGCGGCAGAACGAGCAGAGACUGCGGGAAACCGAGGCGAUGCUGUGGCAGCAGCGCAAGCAGCUGGAGAUGUUGCUGCAGGAGGAGACCGAGUCCGACCGAGAGACGCAGGCUCUGAGAGAACACCUGGACUACAUCAUCCACCUUCCUCCCACGGCCUUUCGCCUCCCCGCGGACCCCCCUCUUCCCCAGGUGCACGUCCCUCCCACAGCCGCCAUUACCGCGACCACAGCCGCCAGUGCCACGCCGAGAGUCCCUCCUGUAAAUAGUGCCGCCGCACCCGUCGCAGUGGCACCAGCCUCCACAAAGCUUAAUAAUAAGACCAGCAAAAAUAACCCGACGUCAGACGACAAAGACGUCCCGCCUCCUUUGCCCGCGUGUCCUCCGCCCAUAGACGAGGAGGAGGACGAGGACGACGGGGACUCGGCCAAAAACAGCAGUCUCUGCGUGAGCUCGCGGUCCAGCACCUCGUCUGAAGCCUCGACGAGUAGUAACACGAGCGGGUUUGGCAGCAAGACCCCCAGCACCUCAGCACCAAAGUCCUCCUCCUCAUCCUCCACGUCGUUACCCUCGUCCUCACUCCCUUCCUCCACCAAAGCCAGUGAAGGAGGAGGAAAAGAUACAGACUCAACAGACUCGAACUCGGACACAGGGCUGAGUUCGCUCCACAGUAGUAGUGACGAGGGAGUUUAUGUGUUGGAUACUCUUGUCUGAAAGUGAGAGAGAAAAAAGUAUAUAU